GACCAAAUUUGCAUCCCAACUUCACAAAUAACCAGGGACAUCCUAAGUUUAGCACAACAUUCUUGAACUAUGUCUAACAAUGAAUGUGCAUUUGGGGUGGUGUAUGUGAAAUUCAAGCCUCACCUUCUCAUGGUUCUAGUUCAGCUGGUUCUUUCGUUUCUCUACUUCCUAGUAGAGGCUUCAUUAAACAAAGGGAUGAACCCUCAUGUCUUUGUUACCUAUCGGCAUGCUGUUGGGGGCAUAGUUGUGCUUCCUUUUGCUUACAUUCGUGAAAGAAAAACAUGGCCAAAGUUGACUUUGACGAUGUUCGUGGAGCUAUUUUUUCUUUCCCUCUUCGGGAUCAGUCUUACUCUGAACAUGUUUUUUGAAAGCUUGAAGUAUACCACUCCUUCCUUUGUUGCAUCCAUGAUUAAUACAAUCUCACCCCUUACUUUUAUAAUUGCAGUUGGACUCAGGCUAGAGGUUGUUGAUGUUAAGAAGCCUCGUGGGAUGGCUAGAGUUUUUGGAACUGUAUUAUCUUUGAUUGGUGCCUUGAUAAUGACUUUGUAUAAAGGGCAUACGAUACAAAGCUUACGGGGUGCACCCUUCAAUGUCAGAGGCAAAUUGGUUCAUAAUAACUGGAUUAAAGGAUCGAUUUUGUCUGUUGCAAGUUGCAUAUCAUGGUCUUUAUGGUACAUACUACAGGCAAUCAUAGUGAAGAAAUAUCCAGCACAACUGUCACUAACAGCAUGGAUAAAUUGCAUGGGUGCAGCCCAGUCUGCUGCCUUUACUGUACUCGUGCAACGCAAGCCCACAGCAUGGUUCAUUACAUCCACUGUUGAACUCUGUUGCAUUUUUUAUGCAGGAGUUAUAUGUGGUGGUUUUGUUAUAUUCGGUCAAUUCUGGACCGCAGAACAAAAAGGGCCAGUCUUUGUGAGCAUGUUUAAUCCCCUUGGAACAAUUUUGGUGGCAAUUCUAGCAUACUUUGUUUUUGGGGAACAACUUCACACUGGCAGUUUAUUGGGAGUGGUCAUUGUUAUCAUCGGCCUAUACUUGCUAUUAUGGGGAAAAGAAAGUGACGGAGAUUACAAGUCACAACAAUCUUUUCCAACUCAUGUUGAGCAGAAGGAAUAUAGGACGCAGAUAAAGACUUCAGCUGAGGAAGAGGUACCACAGAGGAGCGUAUCACAUGCCACAAAUUAAUGGCUAAUAUGGCCCAAUUAUUGCAGAAAACAAAUACACUAACAAUAAGCUGAUUUUUGCUCUACGAUUACGAGAAGUGAUUAUAAAAUGUAACUCGAUGAAUUAUGUGCACUUGUAGAAAAAAAAUUGGCCUAGACAACGUGUUAUUAUUCAGUUAGUCGUAAACAGUCAUCAACUUGUGUUGCUUUGACCCGUCUAAUUUUAAUGUUUACUUUCAAUCAAA